AUGCUUGCUGGUCUUGCCGCUGGGGUCACAGAAGCUGUCGCAGUCGUCACGCCCAUGGAAGUGAUCAAGAUUCGUCUCCAGGCACAACAACAUAGCCUAGCUGAUCCUCUCGACACCCCUAAAUACCGCAGCGCGCCACACGCUCUCCUCACCGUUGUCAGGGAAGAGGGUUUCGGCGCUCUCUACCGCGGCGUCUCCCUCACGGCCCUCCGACAAGGCACCAACCAAGCCGCCAACUUUACUGCGUACUCCGAACUGAAGGCGCUCCUUCAAAGAUGGCAGCCCCAGUAUUCAGGGAAGGAGCUCCCCAGUUACCAGACCAUGGUUAUUGGAUUGAUUUCCGGAGCUAUGGGUCCCUUCUCGAACGCGCCCAUUGAUACGAUAAAAACCCGUCUGCAGAAAACUCCAGCUGAGCCCGGCCAAACGGCCAUUUCACGCAUUACGUCUAUUUCGACCGAGAUGUUCAAGCACGAGGGCGCCAAGGCGUUCUAUAAGGGUAUCACGCCUCGUGUCAUGCGUGUGGCACCAGGCCAGGCGGUAACCUUUACCGUGUACGAGUUUAUCAAGGAGCGCCUCGAGCGGUCGCGCUGGUCAAUUGUGGGCGGGAAUAAGUAUAAUGAGUAA